GACAAUUUAGGACCUUAUCUUGUUGACUUCCAGACUUCCCAUUUAAUAUAUGAUAAAUAAGUUUAGAAUUUGAUAAAUAUCAUAUACUUGUAUUGUCUCUUCUGUUAAUGUGACAGCAGCUCGGGAUAAGCAGGAAUCUCCAAGAAAUACUCACAAUUUUGGAGUAAUUUGAAAAUAAAGAUAUAAACAUGAAAGUUGCUGUCAUCUUUCUCCUAUUGGCUGUUGUUGCCACCUUGCAGACUAGCGAUGCUUGGAGAGUUCGCAUUCGGAGGGUUCGUCUUCCAAGACUUGGCCUACGACGCAUCAUCGCACCAAUCUGUACCAUGGCAUGUAACACCAAAUGCACAGCACCAGGCAUCUGUGCUCCUGUCUGCCAUAAGAUCUGCAAUAUCGGCCGUAAACGCCGUUCUUUAGGUGAUGGGGAGCAACCAUUUUCUCCUGAUUUCUACAAGUAUGAUUUGAGCAAUGAUGAUGCUAUUACACUGUCAGAGUUCGCUGAGGCAAUUGAAUCUACCCCAGAAAAAUGUCUUGAAGUCUUUGGAUAUGCUGAUGAUAAUGGUGAUGAAGUUCUUGACAUCAGUGAAUUUCUAAAUGGACCAUUCCAGUUUGGAGAUGCAUAGAAAGUUAUCUCCCUUGAUGAUAUUAUGGAAUUCAAAUGGAUUUCCUAUCGCCAAAAUAUCUGAUCUUGCAUCAUGGGGCCAUUAACAGAAGCUUCAUAAAGUUAAGAAUUCGUAAAACCCAUUGUUCUCUAACUGUGACAUCAUUAUAUCCAUGGUUACAACAAUUGAUUUACAAAUUCGUAACUUU